CACGCUCAAUCGAGAUUUAAAAAAACAAAUUCUCGUCGCCAAGGCGAUGACAGUGUGAAAACAAACCGAUAUAAAUCUUGUUCUCUUAGUGAAGGGUAGAGCUUAGAUUUGAACAGUACUAAUCUCAGCUUUCUUCCAUGGGUGCAUAAUUCAACAGUUUAACGGUAAACGAGGUGGAAAAAGGACAAUUUUCAUGACAAUCGAAAUGGUGGACUAGAUUUCCAUCAUUGUGUGCAUUUGACAAAUCGACCGAUUGGAUAGAAUUAAAAGACAUGGCCGACGAUAUUGAGGAUUUGCUUCGUGAAGUGGAAGAGAAAUAUUUGCCAAGCCACUUGCAUUCGCAGCAAGAAAAGAAUUCUAAACGAUUCAUUCAGCAGACAACAAAUGCGAUUACACCAAAGGAGAGAGGAAGUUAUGGAGACAAAGGCGAUCAAUCGGCUACGGUAGCAGUCGGGGUAACCGGGGCAAACAGAACAACAACAAGGGCUCAUUCGUCUGACAUUGUAUGUCGUGAACUGGAAGAUGAGCUCUCGGAUUUGCUGGAUGAAGCCGGUGGAAUGUCGGACGCGGCCACGGUUGGAUUGCGAUGCAAGCGCAGUCCUCGACGAAGUGCCAGUGCCAGGGAACUGGUUGGCGGAAAAGCAAUCGCAACCAGUGGCGGUGGGCAACAUCCGAGUUCCACUUCCGCCGAAAAACGACACGACUUUGCUAGCAGUAACAGGAGCGGUGCCUCGGCUGCUGGAUUCUCAUCUUCACUGGGAAACAAAGCGGCGCUGACGGGAAUCCGCUCCGCUCCGCCGUUCGCUCAUCAUCACAGCAACGUUGAAACUCGUACAACACACGUGACCAUCGAUGCCGUCGUAGUCGAAAAACAAAAAUGUUUGCCGAUCUACGUGAGUGGCGUCAUCGAUAGCAUAGACACCAGUCACACCGUUAGAGUGUGUACCAGUCUACGAUGCACGGGCUGCGAUUUUCGCGUCAGCCAAUUUGCACACUACCGUUGGAGACCGGGCACAGAUUACCUUUUCCUGCGCAAUCACAUGCCGGAAUUCGAUCGCGUUCGUGUGAAAUUAUCGACAGCCAAGUUUUGUCGCGCCUACGCUUGCCAAUGCAAAUUUGUCACCGUCAAAGAUCUCGUCGAUCUCAACAAACUUGGCCAUGAGUUUGCUUCAACUUGGAUCUGCCUUGGACAUUAACUGCCUGCUCCCAUUUUGUCUAUCCUUUUGUGUCUAUUCUAUUUGAGAGUUCGUCUCCUUAGACGAGAUGGCCUAGAAUUAUCGACGGCAAAUGAUGUAAUAAUGCCUUUCGAGAAACACACUAUAGCUGAAAAGCCUGAAACGUUGAACGUGUUUAGCUGCGGUUUGAGAGCAUUGCUGGGUAAUGGCAUCGUAGCAAUCGUGUAGAUUUCCACUCGCUGUCAAAUGGACUACAAAUCAAGUUGAAGUCUGCCCAAAGCACGAUGUGAAUGUUGAAAUUCACAGCACAGAAGACACGCGGGUAACAUCACUCGCUGAUCAUCGUUUAUAAUGCAACGCAGACAAAAUCAAUACACAUACAUAUCCAGACUUGA